AUGGCGGACUACAAUUCCAUGAAGGUCCCCGAGCUGAAGAAGCUGCUCAACGAACGGGGGCUUCCUCAUACUGGCAACAAGGCAGAGCUCAUUGCGCGCCUCAGCGAAAACGACAAGCAGAAGGCGGCGGAGGCCGCGGAGCCGCAGGCCGACUCCAGCAAGCAACCUGCCGCAGAGGACGAGAUCGACUAUGAGGACGAUGAGGUCCCGACCACCAAGCCCGCCGUAGAUAAGAAGCCCGCGGCUGCCGCUCCUCCGACAGAGGAGAAGCCCGCGGUGACCGCGGCGGCUCCUGCUCCCGCACAGCCGACGACCACCAGCAAAGCGGAUACCAACGGCACUGCCCCCACCACCAUCAGCACCACCACCACAGAGACCAAGAGCGCCGGCGAGAAGAACAGCAACUCCACACCCGCCGAAGGUACCACUACCACCACUACCACUACCACCACCACUGCGGGCCCGGAGCAGCCCGCCAAACCGCUCUUCACCCAGAACCUGCCGCCGACCGACGCCAAGACGGAGGCCGAGAAGCGCGCGGCCCGCGCGGCCCGCUUCGGCAUGACGGCUGCCGCCGACGACGACAGCAACAAGGACUCGGAGGAGGCCAAGAAGGCGGCGCGCGCGGCCCGCUUCGGCCCGGCCAACGACGUCGUCUCGGCGCUGGACAGCGCGCUGCCGGAUCGGGCGCCUCGUAAGCGGGGUCGUGGUGGUGGUGGUGGUGCCGAGGUGGGAGAGGGCGGCGGAGGCGGCGGUAGCGGUAGCGGUAGCAAGGAUGAGGAGGGGGCAAGGGCGAAUAAGCGGCAGAAUCGUGGUGGUGGUGGGAGGACUCAGCAGCAGCAACAGCAGCAGCAGCAGCGGCGGGGAGGAGGGAGGAACCAGCGCGGGAGGAGGCACGGUGGCGGCGGUGGUGGCGGGAAUGGGAACGCCAAUGCGCAAAAGGGCGCCGGCAAGCCCCAGGCCAAGAGCGUUGCCGUUGAUCCGGCGGAGAAGGCCAAGAUGGAGGCUAGGGCAAAGAGGUUUGCCGCUGCUGCUUGA